UCCAAUCCCCAAUUCAGAAACCACCCCCGAGCUCGCAGCGCCACCACUAGCGAACCCAAUGGCGCCCAAGGCCGAGAAGAAGCCCGCGGAGAAGAAGCCGGCGGAGGACAAGGCCGGCGAGAAGGCGGAGAAGGCCCCGGCGGCAGGGAAGAAGCCCAAGGCCGAGAAGAGGCUGCCGGCGUCCAAGGGCGAGAAGGGCGGCGAGGGCAAGAAGGAGCGCGGCAGGAAGAAGGGCAAGAAGAGCGUGGAGACCUACAAGAUUUACAUCUUCAAGGUGCUCAAGCAGGUGCAUCCCGAUAUCGGGAUCUCCUCUAAGGCCAUGUCGAUCAUGAAUUCUUUCAUCAACGAUAUUUUUGAGAAGCUCGCUGGUGAGUCCGCCAAGCUCGCUAGGUACAACAAGAAGCCCACCAUCACCUCCAGGGAGAUCCAGACCUCGGUCCGCCUCGUCCUCCCCGGCGAGCUCGCCAAGCACGCCGUCUCCGAGGGCACCAAGGCCGUAACCAAGUUUACCAGCUCUUAGAUAGUUAGGGUGUAGUGCAACAGUUCUCUUGGAGCGAGUCACUGGCUGCGGCGGUAGUUGCCCUGCCUCUCUGUCCUCUCUCUGAUUGUCUAGUGCUUACUGAAUCUUGUAAGAAACUUUUGGUUGUUCCUGUGGUGUUCUGACAUUGAAUGUUAGUGGUGACGAUUGCAACCUUUGGAUGCCAAAAUUGCUGUGAUGUAUGCUGCCAUUUUGGUAUGGAAUUGUGGAUGCCGUUUUGUUCACUUUUGUGGUCUUGUGAAA